UGAGGUUGUAGUUUCAACAAGCAGCCGCUAGAUGGAAGACGUUAGCCCAUAAACGGAUUGUUUACAUCACUUGUUGCAAUGGCGACCAUGUCUGAGUUAAAGAGUGCCGUGAGGGAAACCCUGGAGUCACGUGGCGUGCUGGGUCAGCUGAAGGCUCGUAUCCGGGCGGAAGUGUUCAGCGCCCUGGAUGACCAGCGUGAACCGCGGCCUCCUCUGUCUCACGAAAACCUGCUCAUUAACGAACUCAUCCGGGAGUACCUGGAGUUCAACAAGUACAGGUACACAGCGUCAGUGCUGACAGCAGAGUCGGGCCAGCCCGAGGCUUCCUUGGACAGACAGUUUCUGGCCAAUGAGAUGAAAAUCACCGAGGAUCCCAGCUCUAAGACAGUGCCUCUUCUCUAUGGAUUGGUGUCUCACUUUCUGAAUAGUGGUGAUAACAGAGGGAAGGUUCUUCUUCGUGGUCCUGCUGUGACUAACGCAGCUCCUGGACAUGAUGCGUGACAUGUGGGGGAUGUUCUGGUGACUUGCGAUGCUUCUGGACUGAAUCAGGCUUUGUUUGGCUCUUAUGUAGAGAAUAAGAAAUCCCACAGAAUCGGACUGAACUCGGCUUGUUGUCUGUCGCUGGUAUUAUUCCACAAAGCCUCAGUGAAGUGUGAAAUCCAGGGACAAUAAAGUGUGGCCAUAUUUGUUGUCUUUUUAUACUGUUGAUAAUAAAAGUUUUUAUUUAUACCCUUUA